AUGAUUGCUGAGAAUGAACCAACGAGUUCUUUUCUUAGAAGAGUAGUCGAUCAAAACUUCGAAGAAAGCAACUGUGCAGCUCAAGCUCAACGUAGGAGGGAAAAGUCGAUUCCCAAUAAACAAGUUCAAAUUAUUUCUGCUGCGGAGUUGAAUAUUUUUAAAGGAGCUUGCUAUGCUGUAUUUGGAGCAUUAUGUCGGACUAUCAGCGUUCUGAUUCUUCAUGGUUUUCAAGACUUCGGUUUAUGCGGUGAUUUUAGUUUUCAAAUCGUCAAGGCUUAG